CGAUCAUUCAUUCAAGUUCUGUGUGACAUGGCGGUCGUGUGUUUCUCACGGACUAGUGGUUUAAUCCUAUUAUUUUUAGUAAACACACUCGCCGUAUCGCCAUGGCUUACAUCGGUGAAAUUAGAUAACGUUACAUGUAAUGAGUUAAAAUGUUAUUAUCGUAUAAAAGUGGUUGGUGAUGUCGAUCAGUGGUCUUUAACCUCGAAUGAAAAAAUACGCGGCGAAAUAUGUGAUGAUAAAUUAAUUGUUCAAGAAUCAAAUGUUUUAGUAGAAUUUAGUUUGCCUGUAUCCAGAAAGGCGUAUUUCUGUGUCGAAAAGGAUGGAGUUUGGUAUCAUCAAGGGAAGAAUUUAUAUUUAAUCGGCGAUGACGUCACCCACCUGGACUGGUCGCAAGAGAAUGAAAUCGCACCAGAAGACUUAAAAGAAACAGAUGCCAAAUAUAUUAAUGAUCUCAAUAACCCUGAUCUCGAAGACACAAUUGAUUUAAAUAAUGAAGAAAAAAGAGAGAAACGUCAAGCCAACGCCACUGUGCCAGAUGAAGAAGAGAGGUCAGACCAAACAGAAGCAGUUAUAAAACUACUAGGCCUUCGAGUCGAUGAAUCUGAGAAGGAACCGAAAAUUAUUGAUGGUGUUAUACCAAGCGUGUUGAGUGAAAAGGAAUUUGUAUUGAGGCUGUUUGGUGAAGGUUUUACAGAGGGUACGACCAUCGUGUUCACCAGCCACCCACAGGAGUAUGGAACCAGCUGCCAUUUCCAAUAUGGUUCUUAUUAUAAGGCCUCAAAGCUGGAAGGUGAUUCGGCAAUCUUCAAAUUGAAAGUACCAGAACCGGAACACGACCUUACCUUUUACAUCUGCGCUACGAACAAUGCGACAUAUGAGACACCAGAUUUCAUUCACCAGGGCAAGGAACCCUGGAAGAUUCUGGGUAUCCACAACAAGCUGCUUCCAUUAUGGGCUUCCCUAGUCCUCAUAGUUAUCCUACUGGUACUGGCGUCUCUCUUCUCUGGUCUCAACCUCGGUCUGAUGGCCUUGGACCGUACGGAACUCCGUAUCAUUGCUAAUACGGGUACAGAGAAGGAGAGGAAGUACGCGAGAGCGAUUAUGCCUGUGCGUGCGCAUGGAAAUUACCUUCUAUGUACCAUUUUGUUGAGUAACGUCGCCGUGAACAGUACAUUUACGGUGAUUUUGGAUGAUCUCACCUCUGGAUUGGUUGCUGUUAUUGGGUCUACCCUCGCGAUUGUGUUCAUUGCUGAGAUUACCCCGCAGGCGAUUUGUGCAAGACAUGGGCUGUUUGUUGGUGCUAAAAGUAUAUGGAUUAUGAAGAUUGUAAUGGGCAUAUGUGCCCCUCUCGCAUGGCCGACUAGCAAAUUGCUAGAUUACUUCUUGGGAGAGGAAAUUGGUACACACUACAACAGGGAAAGACUAAAGGAACUUGUUAAGGUGACAAAUCACGUGAACGAUUUGGACAAGGAGGAAGUGAAUAUCAUCUCUGGUGCUCUUGAUCUUCGUAAGAAAACCGUGAAGGAUGUCAUGACCAAACUGAAAGACUGUUUUAUGCUGCCAAUCAAUUCCGUACUGGACUUUGAGACCAUGACAGAGAUUGUCAAGUCAGGCUAUUCCCGUAUCCCGGUGUACGAGGGUCAACGAGGUAACAUAGUCACGGUGCUCUUCAUCAAGGAUCUGGCCUUCGUGGAUCCUGAUGAUAACACACCAUUGCGAACCCUCUGCCAGUACUACCAGAAUCCUUGCAAUUUCGUAUUCGAAGACGUCACGCUGGAUGUCAUGCUGAAGCAGUUUAAAGAAGGUCACAAAGGUCAUAUGGCAUUCGUCCAGCGUAUUGAGGAAGGUGAUGGUGAUCCGGUGUAUGAGACCGUGGGUCUCCUUACACUGGAGGAUGUGAUAGAAGAGAUGAUACAGGCGGAGAUAGUGGAUGAAAGUGAUGUCAUCUCUGACAACAGAACGAAAAAGCGCUUGCUGAGACCCCUGAACAAGCUGCAUGAUAUAGCUGCGUUUGCUGGACAUCAACACCAGAGAGUCCAUGUCUCACCUCAGCUGAUCUUGGCCACCUUCCAAUUCCUUAGUACAAGUGUGGACCCAUUCCGUUGUGAUAUGAUAUCGGAGACUGUUCUGAGGAGAUUGUUGAAGCAGGAUGUCAUACAGCACAUCAAGUUACGUGGGGAUGAAGAAAAGAAUGAUCCGAAGAGAUUUGUUUAUCAGGAAGGAAAACCGUCCGAUUACUUCGUGCUGAUCCUGGAAGGUCGCGUAGAGGUGACAGUGGGUCGUGAGAACUUGGUCUUCGAAGCUGGUCCCUUCACCUACUUCGGGGUACAGGCGCUUACGCAGAAUGUUGGACUUGCUGAGUCUCCAGCCCCCUCUACACUCGGCUCUCUUCAAAACCUGAACAUGGACUCCAUGCUGCGUCACACAUUCGUACCAGAUUACUCCGUUAAGGCCAUCGCCGAGUUGUACUACUUAACUAUUAAGAGAACCAUGUACUUGGCAGCUAAACGAGCAACCCUGAUGGAGAAGGGGGUCCUCAACAAAGGUGGAACUAAUGAACAAAUCGAACCAGAAGUUGAUAAGUUACUUCGUGAAGGAGAUAGGCUUGAUGAUAUAAUUGAAAAUGAAAAGUCGCCAAUAAAGCAGUUUCUACCAUCCAGCCUCCUCACAAACUCUACAUACAAAACCGAAGAGAACAAUGCCGAGGAAGAAAAACUACUUAAGAAGUAGCACAAACCAAAAUGAUGCUUUUGGGUAACUGAAAGUGUCAACUGUCAAUGUCAAAUUCAGAUUUUUUAGCGCCAUUUUUACAACAAUAACAUGUUUUUCGUCAGAUUUUUAUGUAGCUUUAAAGGCAUAAAUUACAGAGGAUUGAAAGAUCAAUAUCAGUUUUUUAGAGGUUUAAAAAAUAUUAUAAAUCUAGUUACAAACAGGUUACCUUCUUUGCGAUAGGCGUGGCCAAUGAUACAGGGUUCCAAUGAUAAGGGGUUCUUUAAAGAGCGUAUCAAAUUCUUAAAAGGCCGGCAACGCGCCCUCUGGCAAAGAGAGGGCGGUAUCACUAAACAUCAGGGGAGCCCGUUUGCCCGGCCUAUAACACUGUCUCACUGGUGACGUCUCGAACUUCGGUAACGAUUGGAUGUCAAAUGACGUCAUAUGGUCAAAAUUAUUUUUUAUAUGCUUCGUAUGGAAAUAUUUUGCCCAUAUAAAGUGUCAAGAACGAGGGAGUUUUGGCGCGUAACACGACUGACGUAUGUCAAACGUCAUGCAGUAUUGGUUUGACAGCUGUUGUAACUAGAUUCAUGUUUGACGUUCUAGCAUAAGUGCCUGAGCUCCAUAUUCUACAAUCUCGGAUCGCGCUGUCAAAUGUCAAACGUCACGCAGAAAUGAUUUGACAGCUGCUGUAACUAGAUUCAUAUUUGACGUUCUGGAAUAAGUGCCUAAGCUCCAUAUUCUACAAUCUCGUAUCGCGCUGUCAAAUGUCAUACAGAAGUUUGACAGUCCUUGUAACUAGAUUUAUGUUUCAUAGAAUACCUAAGAGUCUACUAAAAUGUUGCCAUAUCCAUUGCAAUAUUUCAUAGACAACUGCCAAUUUAUAGAUCUUUGAAUCCGCUGUACUUUUUUACAAGCCCUUAUGACAAUUUCGCGGCGAAUGCUUAAGUAGAAUUUUUGAUUAGAUAUAGCUUUUUUUGAAGUAUUUAAAAGCAUUUUAUACGUAGUUAUUUACGCUUACUGCAUUUUGAAGGUGACAGUUCGUGUAAACUUGUUUUUAGAUGGUUAAAUAAUUUAAGGCAAGAAUCAAUUUAUUUGGGCUUCCUUGCUCUCCUAAAAAGUUACUAAGACUAUACUCCUAUAUCUCAAAAACCUAUGAAUUUGACAUACGAUUUGUCAUUGUCAAAUUUGUCAUGCUUAGACUUUGUCACCCUAAGUUAUAAAUUCCAAACUUAAAUUACCCGUUUUUAGGAGCUUAAAAAGUUUCUAUUGAAAAUGGCAACACUACAUCAAUGUUUAAAUUAAAUUAUUUGAUCGGUCUAAAGGCUUAGAUUCUAGUUUUUAAGUGCAAUUGUGGUACUUAUUAUAAUCGUCCAUUUUAAAGCAUCACAAUAUUAUUAAUUCUCUAGAAGAACGCUAGAAUUUAUUUUUGAAUAAAUCACGCGUAAUCCUUCCAAUGGUGCCUUACCUUUAUAAAGUUUUAUUCGUGUAAUUUUCGCUGUGAAUUAGACGUCUUUAGAAAUCAAAUAAUAUUAGUCUUGAGCGCCACACUGAAUUAUGUAUCAUAAGUAAAAAAAUCUAAUAUUUUUUUAUUAUUUGGAAGUGAUUUUACGCAUAUUGAAAGGAAGGCGCUUAGUACCAAUUUCCGGUGAAGCUUCGUUACGCGCCAAAUCCGAAUUUAAUACUUGGAGCUAUUGAUUUUUCAAUAUGGCGGCGCCAGUCCCGAUUUCCGGUGACGCUUUGUUACGCGGUCAAAUUCGAAUUUAAAAAUUAUGAACAAAUAGUUUCACAAGACGUUUUGUACGUAACGUUUUCACAGCGAAAAUUAUUAAUUUUUUAUGUCAAUAUACUCCGGUGUUUUAGACAAUUCUGUCAGUUUUAACUCACUUAGGUAAGCUUAAAUGUUAUAUUUAUGAAUUAAUGUACAAUCGAAUGUGAAUUAUAUGUUUCAUUGAU